AUGGCACCCUCUGCAACCCUCAUUGACAUCGAACCUCCCGUGGUCAUUGGUCCUUCCACCAAGAAGGCUACCUGGCCCUCCAACGAGCUACCACAGACCCUGAUCCAGGGGGCAAAGAUCACCAGACAUGAGGAAUUUGACCCAGCCAAGCACCUGAACUUCCAGCCCCCAAAGUCUAUCCUGACUAUGGAGGAGAUUGGACUGAAGGGACAUGGUAUCUCACCUCAUGCUGCUACUCACCCAUUCCCGCUCUUCUCCCAAGAUGCCAUCACACAGAUGCGCGCUGAGAUCUUCUCCGAGAAGGUGCUUGCUGAGUGCCAGUAUUCUUCCACAUUCAACAAGAACAUGGUGCGCGGUAUGGGACCAGCGCGUGCUCCUUUCACAUACACUGCUUGGAAGCACCCAGAAACCCUAGCCAGAAUCUCCGAGGUUGCAGGCAUCGACCUCGUUCCCUCCAUCGACUUUGAGAUCGCCAACAUCAAUAUUUCCAUUCGGGACGAGAAGGCCAAUGUGGAACAUUCUAUUGAUCUUAUGUCGGAUCAGGAACUGCCUGCAGUUGCUUGGCACUACGACAGCUUCCCAUUCGUGUGUGUGACGAUGCUCUCUGACUGCACUGGCAUGGUCGGCGGAGAGACUGCUCUGAGAAAACCAAAUGGAGAGAUUUUGAAAGUUCGCGGACCUGCUAUGGGAACCGCCGUCGUCAUGCAAGGUCGUUACAUUGAGCAUCAGGCCCUGAAGGCUCUGGGUGGUCGCGAGCGCAUCAGUAUGGUCACUUGCUUCCGACCCAAGUCACCUCUGGUCAAGGAUGAGACUGUUCUGGUUGGAGUGCGCGGAAUCAGCAACAUUUCUGAGCUCUACACACAAUACACUGAAUACCGGCUGGAGAUUCUGGAGGAGCGCAUUCGCCACCAGCUGAAGAAGGAGCGGGAGCGGGAGAUUGCUAAGAAGCCGUUUAAUAUUCCCGAUAUCAAGCGCUUCCUCACCAAUCAGAAAUUAUUUAUUGAGUCGAUGUUGACGGAGAUUCAGGAGGUUGAUUGA